UUUUCAAAAGAAAUUCUUAUAAAAUAUAAAAAAUUUUAUUUGAAAACUUCAAUUAACGAAGGUUAAAUUCAAUUUAAAAGCUAUUUUAUUCUAUGAUUUCACGAAAUAAUAUUUACCCAAGUUUUACCGAAAAAUUGCCUCUUAUUUGGUAACCCUCAUGUUGCUUAAAAACUGUUCUUACUUUUUAAUUUGUUUCAGGGUGGAGCAACUUUGACAAAUGAACGUGGAUUUUUGUGCAAUUUUAAAUUAUGCACGUAAAUUCUAUUUCUUAUACAUAAUAAUGGAAAAGUUCAUUGAUUUAUUCAGAAAUUGAAAUGAAAAAGCCUUUUAACUUUGACUGGUACUUUGAUACAUACAUACGUAUAUAUUUUCAUUUUUGAAAAUAUAUAUUUAUGUAUGUAUGUAUAUACUUACGUUGGACAUAAUUACAUGUUCGUAUGAACAUACAAUUAUCGGUUUCGGUUAUUCUGCUGAUUUGCUGAAAGAUUAAUUUGUUUUAUAAUAUUAUAAGUUGGAAAAGAAACAAAUAUAGUGCAAUUAGUUUUAGAUAUUACCUUUAGGUAUUAAGAAACGACUUCGUCUAACUAUUAAAGAAUCUAAUAUUUGGUGUGAUAACAAUAUUCUGAAUUAUACCGAAUCGAUUGAUGAAACGGAACCGAGUUUUAACUUCCAGUUUAAGGUGAUGAAGCAAAUCGCAGAUGUCGAUGUUCAUGUUGAAGGAUAUGUAAGACAUAAAGAUAAUCAUAAAUAUUAUGGGCGUUUUAAUGGAACAUACAGUAUAUGCAGAGUACUUGCAUUUAAAAAUGCUUCACCAUUAGCAGGAUUAAUGUUUACACAUUUAAAAAAUUUUGGGAAUAUUCCUGAUGAUUGUCCAAUUAAAAAGGAUACUUAUGGAUUGAAAAAGUUGGGAUUUGGUGAUCAUUCAGCUAAAUUAAAUCUACCUGAAGCUGAAAUUGAUAUCCAUAUUCAAGCAUUUGUUCUUACUGGUAAUGAAAUAGUUAAGGUUUUGGACAAUUCCUAUAAGGCGGAAGCAAUUUAUAAAGAAGUCGAAGGGGAAGGAAGGAGAUCAGCAGGACUUUUAUCUAUGUUAGGUUAAAAACAUUAAAAUAA